GUACCUACUGCCUACCCCUGCUUCUACCUUUGCUCUAUUUCUCUGCCGCCAUGGCUGAACCGGAGCAUCUCGCGAUGACAUACAACGACAUCCACAAGCUCAUCAAGGCAUCUGCUGAGAAAAUAGCGGAAUUCAAGCCGGACCUUUUCAUUGCUAUCGGCUUUUUCCCUGCGCGCGUCUUGCGUACAUUUUUGAAAGACGCUUCGACGAAGCGCAACAUCCCCAUUUAUGCCAUCGGCUUGUCGUUGUACGAGUCCCUUCCGGGAACGACUGCAGAGCAGAUCGGCGCCCAGGUUGUCCGGACACAGUGGCUAGGCCCUGAGACUCAAAAAAUCCUUCUUGGAAGGAGGGCUCUUAUUGUGGACGAAGUCGACGACUCUCGCAAAACGCUCCAUUACGCUGUUUCGGAACUCAAGAAAGACGUAGACCGGGAGCUCGAGAAGCUCCCUACCUCUGAACGCGAGGCACUGGCCGCUAAAACCGAAUUUGCGGUGUUCGUCGUGCACAACAAGCUGAAGCCAAAAUUAGCUGAGCUGCCUGAGGGCGUGCAAUACUUCGUUGGCGCCAACGUUGAGGAUGUUUGGUUGGAUUAUCCGUGGGAAGCAGAAGACAUCGACGAGCAUGACCGACUGGCAAAGUCUAGUAAAAAGGUCGCAUGAAAUGACAGCCUGAUAGCUCGUAAUGUAAGAGAUACGCCUGGGCACGAUUCGUAGACUCGUUAGGCCUGUACUAUUGGUAUCCGAUCUCUGUGAUCUCCUUGUCCCUUUUGGACAUGUUCGUGCACCGCACGCGUUUGCGAGCGAAGUCGUCAAUUUCAUCCGUCGGUUACACUUGUCCGAAGAAAUUCAUUGUAAUCGUAAUCGAGCGCAGCUUCUCAAUCC